UUAUAUAAUAGUCUUUCUCUCCAUCUAUCUUUCUCACACAAACCCUAAAAUCAAUAGUAGAGUCGCCUACACAAACUCUCUCCAUUAGUCCGAAUACAAUGGCAGGCAAAGGUGAAGGUCCAGCAAUUGGAAUCGAUCUCGGAACUACGUAUUCUUGUGUCGGCGUUUGGCAACAUGAUCGUGUGGAGAUCAUUGCCAAUGAUCAGGGUAACAGGACAACGCCAUCUUACGUUGCCUUUACCGAUUCCGAAAGGUUGAUCGGUGAUGCUGCUAAGAACCAAGUGGCGAUGAAUCCUACAAAUACUGUUUUUGAUGCAAAACGUCUUAUUGGUCGGAGAUUUAGCGAUGCCUCUGUACAGAGCGACAUCAAGUUAUGGCCUUUUAAGGUCACUCCCGGCCCAGCUGAGAAGCCAAUGAUCGCCGUCAAUUACAAAGGCGAGGAAAAACAAUUUGCUGCAGAGGAGAUCUCGUCCAUGGUUCUCAUCAAGAUGAAGGAAAUCGCUGAAGCUUUUCUCGGAUCAACGGUAAAGAACGCCGUCGUCACUGUUCCUGCUUACUUCAACGACUCACAAAGACAGGCCACCAAGGAUGCCGGUGUCAUCUCCGGUCUGAAUGUCAUGCGUAUCAUCAACGAGCCAACCGCCGCUGCAAUUGCUUACGGUUUAGACAAGAAAGCAACGAGCGUCGGAGAGAAGAACGUUCUUAUCUUUGACCUCGGUGGUGGUACUUUCGAUGUGUCUCUUUUGACGAUCGAAGAAGGUAUCUUUGAAGUGAAAUCAACCGCCGGUGACACUCAUCUCGGUGGAGAAGAUUUUGACAACAGAAUGGUCAACCAUUUCGUUCAAGAGUUCAAAAGAAAGCAUAAGAAAGACAUCACCGGAAACCCAAGAGCUCUGAGAAGGUUAAGAACCUCUUGCGAGAGAGCUAAAAGGACUUUAUCGUCCACCGCUCAAACCACAAUCGAAAUAGACUCUUUGUAUGAAGGUGUCGAUUUCUACUCCACCAUAACCCGUGCCAGAUUUGAAGAGCUGAACAUGGAUCUCUUCAGAAAAUGUAUGGAGCCUGUUGAAAAGUGUUUGAGAGACGCAAAGAUGGACAAAAGCACAGUCCACGAAGUCGUUCUUGUCGGUGGGUCUACCCGUAUUCCCAAAGUACAACAGCUUCUUCAAGAUUUUUUCAAUGGAAAGGAGCUCUGCAAAAGCAUCAACCCGGAUGAGGCGGUGGCUUAUGGUGCUGCAGUCCAGGCGGCUAUUUUGAGUGGUGAGGGUAACGAAAAAGUUCAAGAUUUGCUUCUUUUGGAUGUCACUCCUCUCUCUUUGGGUCUAGAAACUGCCGGUGGUGUUAUGACAACUCUCAUUCAAAGGAACACAACUAUUCCAACCAAAAAAGAACAGGUGUUUUCUACCUACUCGGAUAACCAACCAGGGGUUUUGAUUCAGGUUUAUGAAGGUGAAAGAACGAGAACCAAAGACAACAAUUUGCUUGGGAAGUUUGAGCUUUCUGGGAUUCCUCCAGCACCAAGGGGGGUCCCACAGAUCACUGUGUGUUUUGACAUUGAUGCAAAUGGUAUUCUAAAUGUAUCCGCUGAGGAUAAAACAACAGGGCAGAAGAACAAGAUUACUAUUACAAAUGACAAGGGAAGGCUUUCAAAGGAAGAGAUAGAGAAGAUGGUUCAGGAGGCAGAGAAGUAUAAGUCUGAGGAUGAGGAACAUAAGAAGAAGGUGGAGGCGAAGAACACAUUGGAGAAUUAUGCUUACAACAUGAGGAAUACCAUCAAGGAUGAGAAGAUUGGGGAGAAGUUGAGUCCUGCUGAUAAGAAGAAGAUUGAAGAUGCAAUUGAUGAAGCUAUUUCAUGGUUGGAUGCAAAUCAGCUUGCUGAGGCUGAUGAGUUUGAAGAUAAGGUGAAGGAGCUUGAGGGUGUUUGCAACCCAAUUAUUGCCAAGAUGUAUCAGGGUGGUGAGGCUGGUGCAGGUGGAUCGAUGGAUGAGGAUAUUCCUUCCGGUGGUGGUGCUGGCCCUAAGAUUGAAGAGGUUGACUAAGUUUUUGUUGGUAUUGAUUCAAGACGUUAUGUUUUUUUUGUAAGUCUUUUUUUGGUAUACCCAAAGUUAUGGGAUUUAUUUUGUUUGGCUGAUAAGCAGCCCAUUAAUUCUAUUCUUAUAAUGGAAGUUUUUACUUACUAA